AAAACUGGCUUGGAAACAGUCACUGACAAUCACAAACAUGUUCGAAAUUGGCUGUGAGAACAAACCUGAUAGGGAGCGGUCAUCACGCCGACAGUGUUUAGUAUGUGUUUAGUUUUGAUGUUGUUUUAUUGCUAUUUAGGGUUGUUUACUGGAAAUGAUGACUGAAGGUGUAAUGCGGGGGUACAUCGAUGUGAAAAUAUCGUCGAAAAGUCGCCGGGGAUUCACUCCUUGGAAGGUAUUUGGAGCCUGGCAACGACAAUGGUGUGAAAUCCGCCGUCUGGAAGACUUAGAAGUGGGUGUUGAACUGAAAUUGAAGUCCUCGGAAGAUGGCCACCUUCUCAACUGCAUUCAAGUGCCUCGAUCAGCCACCUUAUGCCGAACCGAUUCCCGAUCGAAACAAUUUGCUUUCGGUGUAUUUAACUUGAGAAAAGUCAACAAGAAAGCGGUUUUAUUUCUGGCUGGAAUGAACGAAAGUCACUCGCAGGAGUGGAUGAUUUCUAUUAGGAAAAUGCUUAGCAUUGCAAGUUAUAUACCUGUGGGCGAAUCGAAUUUUCGAAUUUCCUUUGUGGACAGCUCGCAUUCGCGCUCUGCAGGAUUGCUAGGCUUAUACGGAGUCUUGAAUGCGAAUUCCCAAGAAAUCAUGGUCAGCGAUCCAUGCACUGGUGCCCCAAAAGUAGUGUGGAAGUGGUACCAUUUCCAUCAGUUUCAUAUACAGGCUACUAGCGAAAAUGAGGAUUGGAAAAAGAUUAUCGUUAUGCACACCAGCAGGGAUUUUCCUGCUGGACCGGGGCAACUAUUGGUGUAUUGUCCGGAAGGCCCCAAAUUACUGCAUUAUUUGCUUAGCAGGGGUCAGUGCGGCAGACCCAGUUCAGGAUUUGUUUCCUCGAUCAGGUUUAGUAGAAGCGAAGGUGAUAUUUGUGGCAUCAGAGUCAGUGUUCUUGAUGUCAGUCCCAUGUAUUUUAGAAGUGAGACGGGUAGCGAUGAUUCGGGUGUUCCUAAUUCAAGUGCAUUAGAAGAGACUGAUUAUGGCCUAAAAUCUAAGACUGAAUCAAAUCUUGUCAAUUUGGGUAUGAGCGAAAUUACGAAAACCCCUGGGGGUAGCGAGACUGAAGAUUCUUACCCAGAUCUACAACAGCAAGUGGGCAAAAUUCAUAUUCCAAGAAGCGAAUCGGGAAUAUCUUUGUCCUCUGGAAUUUAUGAGGAAAUUCCAGAAGAUCACCAAUCAACCAAUCAGAGCAAUACUAAAACUUCGGCCAUCGAUUAUAAGCAUAUAAGUCAUAUUUAUGAGGACCCAUUCGAAUUAGUGUUGGACAGAAAGUUGGGAAAAUAUUUCCAAGCACCUCCUUUGCCGCCAAGAACCUUUAAAAGCUUCACCUUGCAAAGAUGUAAGGAACCUGCACAGUCACCUUCCAACAUCUCAUCGCGUUGCAACACUUUACCAGCCAAAGAUCUAUCCAAAUUCUCGCAACUCUUCAAUUUUAUGCCGCAAUCGCAAAACCAAACCGAUUCCGAGUAUAUGGUGAUGAGUCCCAACAAGAAUCUAGAGAAAGCGAAGAUUAUUAUGUCUGAGAACUUUUACAUGCCGAUGUCUUCGCCGGUGAUCCACCUGAAGAACAAAAUCGUGGAAAGUGUGUAUACCAGUAUGACAGGGAAUGGUAAAAAAGUAGCUUAAAACGUGUAGGUAUUAACAUUACUACAUUAUUAAAGGAAUAUUGUGUAUUUUGGUGUUCAUUUUCAACCUAAGCAAAUGUAAUAUUCGUGAAGUAGCGAACCAAAGAGCGGCAAAUGGAGUUCUUGUGUGUUUUUUAAAUAAUUAUUGCAUAGAUAGAAAAAAUUGCUCGCAUUGAUUAAGGAAAGCUCAUUAAACCGUGAAACUGCACAAAACAAUUUGAACUUGAAAAAGUUUCAUGGUUUACAGGAACUUAUCCUGAAACUUUCCCAUAUCCACAUUUACACACGUAUUAAUUUGUACACUUUGACUAGUUCAUUUAAGCACGUAUGAACUAUAAACUCUAGUUAACCACGUUUUGCUCAAUGUUAUUAAGGAUCUCGAUAUACUGUAGGAUUUAAGAAUGUUUUUCGAAAAAUGUUAUGUAUACUAAGUAAGUAAUUUUGAUAAAUUCUUUAUAAGGAAGUGUUUGUUUUGUUUUAUGAAGUUCGCUCUAUAUUGAUGUAUUAAAAUUCCUGAUUAUACGAUGAGUCUAAGGUGACUUAGAGUGUCUGCUUCAGCCGCAUCUGUUGCAAAGUGAUAUCGUUUAGGUUGUAAGAGCUUAGCUUAGGCUAUUUAAUCAAUGUUACCGUUUGUUAAUUAUACAUUCUCUUGCGCGUGUUCAAUUUAUUUAAGGUUUAUAGGUGCUACCAAGUAAUCUCUUUCAUAUGGACUAAUUUUAAGCGAAAUAAUUUUUAGAUAAUGUUGAUUACGUAUCUUAUGAAAACCUCGCAAGUCCUCAGAUUUACUACUGUAAUGUUUUUUAUACACUCUUGACAAUAUAGCCUGUUUUAAUAUUAACUUUUGGUCACCCUGACCUUUUUUAAAAUUUAUUAUAAAAGCAACUGAUUUUCUCAAAUAACACCAAUAGAACCUAAUGAAUAUCCUAAAAUAUUUACGAAUUUAAAUUUUGUUUAUUAAUAAUUCAGUCACAGAAUGUGUGAAAUUAGUAGGACUUCAAGAGGUUCACAAAUGAUAAGGCAAGACUGCAAACGUAAUUAUAAUAAGUCGUGAAAUACCAAAUUAAUUAAUUGUAAGGAGAAAAGACUGGCGACAUCAACAACUAUUGGUAGCCCUUUGUUGGGUAUUAUUUGAUUGAAUGUUUCGUAUUUUUGUAAUAAAUUGUUUCAAAUAA